GGGACGAGCAGGCGCGCGCGCUGAUUGGCCAGCGCUGCUUUUGCUGCUGCUGAACCCCAAGAGUCAGUGAGGGGGCGCGCAAGAGCGCGCACGGGGGACAGCGGCGGGGACGCGCCUACAGGAGCGGCGCGCGAGAGCGUGCGAGCUGGGAAAGGAGCGAGCAAGCAAAAGAGGCUGGCUGGCAGGCAGGCAGCUGUGGUGGAGACGGAGCGGGUUGAUGCCCGCCCCACAGGAUGGAUCAAGCCUGCGAAGUGAGCAGAAGGAGCUGCAUGACGCCUUUCGCCAGCUCCUUAGUGUUAGAUGCACUGGAGAAUGGGGGCUGCCCUUAUGGGGGGGAGGGUCAGAGCCGUAGCCCCGUGCCACCUAAUGGGUACACCAUGCAGUUACCCGUAGCAGCGUCCAAGGCUGCUGCUUAUGGCCAAGACCCUUCCUCCUGCUACAUCCCAUUGCGCAGACUGCAGGAUUUGGCCUCUAUGAUCAAUGCUGAAUAUCUGAAUGGCUCAAAAGAUGGCUCUGACUGUUUGCAGGAACUGGAAAGGAGCAACAUCUCCAGCCCUGAGACUCCGGAGCUCUGCAGUUCUUCAGAGUUAGCUGACCCAGAAGACCUGGACAUCAAAGAGGACACUGCAAAACUCCUGGAUUUUGAGUCGCUCUCUUCUUGCUGCGAGGAGGAGGAGGAGGACAAGGAUGCAGAUUCUGAAACGUCAUUUCUAACAGCAGAAGAAAACCCAGAGGAAGAAAUUAAGUUCAUGAUGAAAAAUACAGCCAUGACUUCCUGCAGCAAGGAGGCAGAGUUUGGGAAUGGGACGAAACUGAUUCAAGAGAACCAGCAGAGCACCUCCAUGGAAGCUAGAUACAAUGAGGCCAUUUCUGCCCUGCUGUCACCCCCCAUUCCUCCAGAGCAAAUACAAAGUAAUCAUUGCAAAGGAUCUGGAGUAGGAACUAGAAGUGAGAAAGCAGACCUACCUCCAGUGUCUUAUUUGCCUGGAGAUACAAAGUCGAAAAAAGAAAAAGAGUUCAGCAUUACAAAGGUAUCUGGAAAAGAAGAUCCAGGUCAAAGUCCCAUCACUUUAGGAAACUUGAUAGAAAGACUUGAAACAUCAAUCACUACAAAACCUUCAACGACAGGAUUACCAUCUGUAAGCAGCCUUGGGGGUCGCACCAAGAAGAAACCUAUUCCUGUGAAGUAUGAAGCUGGGGAUCUUGUGUGGGCAAAAUUCAGUAGACGUCCAUGGUGGCCCUGUAAAAUUUGUCAUGAUCCUGUGCUAGAUACUCAUACAAAAAUGAAAGUUUCCAAUCGUAGACCAUAUCGGGAGUAUUAUGUAGAAGCUUUAGGAGAACCGUCUGAAAGAGCCUGGGUUGUAGGAAAAGCUAUUGUAGUUUUUGAAGGAAGACAUCAAUUUGAAGAACUGCCUGUCCUUCGGAGAAGAGGGAAACAAAAAGAAAAAGGCUAUAGGCACAAGGUUCCUAAGAAAUUUAUGGCUAAAUGGGAGAUUAGUGUUGGACUUGCAAAUGAAUGUCUUAAGCAGGAUGGUGCUGAGAAAUGCAGCCAGACUUCUAGCCAUCAAGAUAACGAGAAGAACAUGCAUUUAAUGGAAUCUUGUACAAAGAGGUCCUUAAAUGAAGAGUGCAAGCAGCUGAAUGGAUGUUUUAGAUCAUUGGCAUUGGACUCUAAACAUUCCACUGAAGAAAAGGAAAAGACAUCCAAAGCACGAAUAAAGAAAAGUUCUGAUACAAGGAAGAGAACUAGAGUCAGAAAAAGUAGUUCCAAAUUGGAGACAGCCAAGAGAGAGAGUGAGGGGAAAGUGGCAGUGAACAAAGUUAAAAAUGUGAUCACUACAGAUUUGCCAGAUAAGCAGGCAUCUCAUGAACUGUGCAGGAUAGCAAAAAGCUUAAUGGGAUCCAAAGGAACUGUGGAAAACUACUUGCUCUCUUCUUUUGGAGAGAGGCAAUUUGACAAGAAGUUUAUGAAAACAGAAUACAAGGCCUCUGAUAGAAACUGCCAGCAGGAGGCACCCAAAGCAGACUUGAAGAAAAAGAAAAACCUAGCAGGCUUUAUGUGCAGUUCAAAACUGCAUCACUACUGUUCUGCAGCUGAUGAUGGAACAGAUAAACAAAUGAAAUCUGAUUCAUCAGAUAAUGGUACUUGUGAUCUAGACCCCCUUGACCAAAGUAAUGCAGUAGCUCAAAGUGUCCUGAAAAAUGGUGAUUCUGUCAAUAAAAGAAAAAAGGAACUGUCUUCAGGGUCAAGAACCAUUAAACGUUCUUCACACAUCUCAAAAAGCAGCAAUUCAAGUAGCAAACCUCUAAAAGGCUCUUUAGAUGCAAAUGCCAAUGUUGAAGCAAGAGGUGAGAAAUUCCAUAAGCUGCCCCUUGCAGCUGAGGUGGCCUCAACUUACAGGAAUGACAAUCUAACCCUUGUAGAUAAGCACACUACACUCCAAAGUAAGGGGUUUACAAGUCAAAUGGAUACAAAGCAGCCUCAGUUCAGAAGUAUAAAAUGCAAACAUAAAGGAACUGCUGCUGGGACAAACUUCUCUCACAAGGAAGACAAACGUAGCCCCAACUGCUGCUUUUCUGCUGCCAAAGGUUCUGCUGGGCCUCAGUUAGAUACACCUGCCAAAAGUGGGAAGGUUGAUGGCCCAAAACUUCUGAACACCACAAACCAGAAGUCCCGUGAUUCUGCUGAAAUAGAAACGGCAGUAGUGAAACAUGUGCUUUCAGAACUGAAGGAACUGUCUUGUAGGCCCAUGAACGUUGAAGCUAAAGACUGUGGCCCAGCUAAAACCCCUGGGCCCUUACUCUUUUCCUCUGUCUCUGGGCAGAAACACUUGCCUGUUGAGCCUGACUAUAAGUUCAGCACCUUAUUAAUGAUGAUCAAAGAUAUGCAUGAUAGUAAGACAAAAGAGAAACAGAUAAUGACUACUCAGAACAUAGUCCCUUAUAGAAGUGCUAACAGCGGGGAUAGUUCCGGAAGUUGCGCUCCAAAUGAUUUGACAUCUUUGCCUACAAACGAAUCCACUCAUAAAUUAGAAAAAAAACGAGAUAGUGUUCAAGAACCAGAGUGUCAGAAACCCAAAGAAGUAUCACAGUCAGAAAAGAAACGCCUUAGAAAGCCAAGUAAACGGCUUCUGGAAUAUGCAGAAGAAUAUGAUCAUAUAUUUGCACCUAAGAAGAAAAAGAGGAGCCGGGAAUCAUUUCAGAAGGCAAGUUCUUUAGAGAAGGCUGAAAGCAAACAGGAUUGCAGCAGUGGCAAGCAGAGACAGAAUAAACAUCUAGAAAAGAAGUAUAUGGAUUCGGUCUCACCUGCCUCUUCGUCUAAAGAAUCUCCUCCAGUCCUUGAAGCUGAACAUAGUCUGAUUGAUGACCCUGAGUCCCAUUCCAUGGAGCCGAGGUCUGAAAUGCCCGUUCUGACAUUGUCUUCACCAAAUGUGUUGGAAACUGCUGCUGCUUCUCCUUCACAGGGAGAGGAACGGUUGGUGAAAUCAGGGAGCUUUGAGAGCAAGCGACAGAGGAAGCCAACUAAAAAACUCUUGGAAUCCAAUGAUUUGGAUACUACAUUUAUACCAAAGAGAGAAUGGACUUCCAUAAAGAAGUGUUCUGAGGCUGGUCCUUUGGAUACUGAAAUGUCUGAGUUGUAUGCCACACCUCAAUUUCUGGACACUGGUGAAGCUCCUGAAAAGGCUCCAGCAAAACAGAGAAAGCGAAAGCGGCAGCGGCGAACUCUGUCUUCAACUCCAAAUAAAAAAGAAAAGAGUGAAGAUAUACUGGGAGAAACUUCAAACUCAGAGGGAGAUAGAACUACUCAAGGGACACUGGGAAGCCCCAAGGAGACUGCUGAAGAAGGGUCUGAAAAUGACCAUGGAGUCUCUUCUUCCAAAAAGUUGCAGGGAGAGCGUGGAGGAGGAGCUGCCCUCAAGGAGAACGUGUGUCAGAUCUGUGAAAAACCGGGUGAGUUGUUGCUGUGUGAGGCUCAGUGCUGUGGUGCUUUCCACCUGCAAUGCCUCGGGCUCUCAGAAAUGCCAAAGGGCAAAUUCAUCUGCACUGAAUGUUCCACAGGAGUCCACACAUGCUUUGUAUGCAAGAGUAGUGGAGAAAAUGUGAAGCGGUGUUUGCUUCCUUUGUGUGGGAAGUACUAUCAUGAAGAAUGUAUUCAAAAAUAUCCUCCCACCGUCACGCAGAACAAGGGCUUUCGAUGUUCAUUGCACAUCUGUAUGACUUGCCAUGCUGCCAACCCUGCAAAUGUGUCUGCGUCUAAAGGUCGUUUGAUGCGUUGUGUUCGAUGUCCUGUUGCAUACCAUUCUAAUGAUUUCUGUCUUGCUGCUGGGACAGUGAUCCUUGCUUCCAAUAGCAUGAUCUGUCCUAAUCAUUUUACUCCUCGAAGAGGCUGCAGAAAUCAUGAGCAUGUAAACGUCAGCUGGUGCUUUGUCUGUUCUGAAGGCGGGAGCCUUCUGUGCUGUGAGUCUUGCCCUGCUGCCUUCCACCGGGAGUGUCUGAACAUUGACAUGCCGGAAGGGAGCUGGUAUUGUAACGACUGCAAGGCCGGCAAGAAGCCCCACUACAAGGAAGUGGUCUGGGUGAAAGUGGGGCGUUACAGGUGGUGGCCUGCUGAGAUUUGCCAUCCUAGGACCAUCCCUGUCAACAUCCAAAAAAUGAAACAUGUCAUUGGUGAAUUUCCUGUGCUGUUCUUUGGGUCAAAUGAUUACCUUUGGACACACCAGGCUCGAGUGUUUCCCUAUAUGGAAGGAGAUGUGAGCAGCAAGGACAAGAUGGCAAAAGGAGUGGACGGCAUCUACAAGAAAGCUCUGCAGGAAGCAGCUGUGAGAUUUGAAGAGCUAAAGGCUCAGAAGGAACUGCGGCAACUACAGGAAGACAAGAAGAAUGAUAAGAAGCCCCCUCCUUACAAACAUAUCAAGGUAAAUCGACCUAUAGGCAAAGUGCAGAUCUUCACUGCAGACCUGUCUGAGAUACCACGCUGCAACUGCAAGGCAGCUGACGAAAACCCCUGUGGCCUAGACUCAGAGUGCAUUAAUCGUAUGCUGCUAUAUGAGUGUCAUCCAGCAGUGUGCCCGGCUGGGGAACGCUGCCAAAACCAGUGUUUCACAAAGAGACAGUACCCAGAAGUAGAAAUCUUCCGCACACUCGCCCGAGGCUGGGGCUUGCAAGCUAAAAGAGACAUUAAAAAGGGUGAGUUUGUGAAUGAGUAUGUUGGAGAACUGAUAGAUGAAGAGGAAUGCCGGACUAGAAUCCGCCAUGCACAAGAGCAUGAUAUUACCAAUUUUUAUAUGCUGACUUUGGACAAGGAUCGAAUCAUUGAUGCUGGACCAAAGGGCAAUUAUGCUCGAUUCAUGAACCAUUGCUGCCAGCCCAACUGUGAGACUCAGAAGUGGUCAGUGAAUGGAGACACCCGGGUUGGCCUUUUUGCCCUCACAAACAUCAAAGCAGGAACUGAGCUGACUUUCAACUACAACCUGGAGUGUUUAGGGAAUGGGAAGACGGUUUGCAAAUGUGGUGCUCCAAACUGCAGUGGCUUCCUUGGAGUGCGACCAAAGAAUCAGCCUCCUGCCACUGAAGAGAGGUCCAAGAGGUUCAAGAAACGACAUGGGAAACGCAAGUCACAGGCAGAAAUCUUGAAGGAGCGAGAGGACGAAUGUUUCAGCUGUGGGGAUGGAGGACAGCUGGUUUCUUGUAAGAGGCCAGGCUGUCCCAAGGUGUACCAUGCAGACUGCCUCAACCUGACUAGACGUCCUGCAGGGAAAUGGGAAUGUCCUUGGCAUCAGUGUGACGUAUGUAAUAAAGAAGCAGCCUCUUUCUGUGAGAUGUGCCCCAGAUCCUUCUGCAAGCAGCAUCGAGAAGGCAUGCUAUUCAUCUCUAAAUUGGAUGGACGCCUGUCAUGUACAGAACAUGAUCCUUGUGGCCCUAACCCUCUAGAACCAGGAGAGAUUCGUGAGUAUGCGCCUUCUACAGAAUCAGCAGCUGGCUGCAAAAACACUGAGUCAUCAGACCAGCAGCCUUCUGCUACCGACCCAAAAUCUCAGCCAUCAGAGAAGCUACCUCUGACUGUGGCCCUGAGGUUGCAGCCCUCAGAUAAACCACCGUCCUCUUCAUUGGCUCUGAGAUUAAAGUCCUCAGAAAAGCCGCCUGCCUCAGUUGCACUGAAGCUACAGCCCUUAGAUAAAUCACCCUCCACAGUGGCACUGAGGCUGCAACCAUCAGACAAACUAUCCUCCACCCUAGCCCUGAGUUUAAAGCCCUCAGAUAAAAGGUCCUCUACCCUGGCCCUGAGGUUAAAGCCCUCAGACAAAUUAUCCUCAGCCCUUGCCCUUAGGUUGCAAUCAUCUGACAAGCCACUCUCUGCUGUGGCUCUUAGGCUACAUCCCUCAGAAAUGUCGCCCUCCACUGUGGCCCUGAGGCUACAGCCCUCUGAAAAACUAGCCUCCACUGUAACCCAGAAGUUGCAAUCCUCAGAAAAGCUAUCCUCCACUGUAGUUCAUGAGUUACAGCCCUCAGACAAGCUGCCCGCCACAGAGGCAUCAGGACCCCAGGACAAGAAACGUGCUGUAGAGGCUUCGGGAUCGGAGACAUCAGGAUCAGCCAAAAUUCCCACUACAGAGACACUAGAUGCUGAGAUGGCAGAUAGGUCACCUUCUGCAGACACACCCGGGACCCAGAUGUUAGACAAGCCAUCUGCUACGGAAACACCAAAGCUCCAGGUGUUGGACAAGCUUUCAGAGCCUGAACCUCUGAAACUUCAGCCACUGGAAGGGGCCACUUCUGUUGGCCCACUGCCUCAGCCAUCAGGCAAGUCUGCCACUCCUGUGAGCCUGCGAUCUCAGCCAGCAGUCAGGCCAGCUACUUCUAUAUCCUUGAGGUCAAAACUAUCAGAAAAGCCAGUCACUCAUGUGGGAUCAUGGCCUCAGGUGCCCAACAGACUUUCUGCCCCAGUGGAUACUCGGCCUGUGCCAUCAGACAAGGUGGCACCUUCGACCACUGCAGGCCUGAGACCUCAGCUGUCAGAUAGGUUUCCAACCCCACUAAGUCCACAGCCUUUGCUGUCAGAAAAAGCACUGAGGCCUGUUGACCAGAAUGCUCAACCAACAGAAAGAGGCUCUGUAACCAUGGAGCAGAAUUCACAACCAAAAGAACGGACAUCUGUAUCUGAUGAGCGAUCCUGUGGGCCUACUGGGAAGCUUUCAACAUACAUGGGACAAACAGCCUGCCCCCUGGAGAACUUGCAAAUACAUGAACAGAGCUCUUGGCUUGGUGCGAAAGGACUGUCGUCUACAGAUCAGUCACUUUGGACAGCUGAGAAACUGCAGGCCCCAGAGCCCAUUCUUUGUCCAGGCCAAGAAGUGGCAUCUGUGGCCCCCACAGAGCAGACAUUUUGGUCAACAGAAAGAUUGUGUGCAUUUGAACAACCUCCUUGGCCUGCAAAAGAAGCUCCCCUUCCUUCUGGACAAACGUCAUGGCUGACCAGAAACCUUCAGACAUUGGAGCAAAUCUCUUGGCUGUCUGGGAAAGUACAAACACCUGUGGGGCAGGACAUUUUGCCUUUAUCUGAACAAAAUUCGGUGCUAGUACUGAGCCAGGAUUGUCCUGGCCAUGAACCUACUGAGUCUAAACCUAAGUGAAGCCAGUUUAUGAUAUCGCACGGGUCACCGUACUUUGGUUGUUGUUUUUUUAUUGUAUAGGGAAAAGUAUUUUGUUUUGUUUUAAUUUUACUUCCCCAGACCCUUAACUUCCAACACAUCCCACCCACCCUAUUAAGAUCUGUACCGGUACACUAAUCUAAAUUGGAAUGAUGCCCAGCCAAGGAGCCAGAAUGUGGAUGGUCUGUUCCUUAUCCAUUUUGCAAACAAUAAAACUGAAAAAGUGGAUUCCACUGUGGAUAGAAUUUCUAAUGCUGUUUAAAUAGCCAAAUUACUAGUUUUACAUGUCCCAGCAACAGGCCUAUAUUGAAGGUAUGUUUCCUAAAUAUUCCUACAUAAUUCUGAAGGAGUAAUUUCCUUUUAUCUGUUCUGGCCAGAUGCAAUUUUUCACUGGCAUCUCACAUUUCCAAAACAGUUAAGGGGUAACUCCAGUUGUAGGGACAGAUGAAGGGAAGGGACUUUAUACUUUCCCCCUCUAACUCUCUUUCCUCCCAGUUCUGUUUUAGGACUGUUUGCUUGAGAAUAUACUGCCAGUGCAAAACUUGUCCAAGUGCAGGUGCUUUUUUGAAAAAAAAAAACAAUCUUGAUGUUACUUGAAGUUACUUGAGAAGCCAGGUCUGUCAGGCAUGAUAGUGCACUGCACCAUGACUGCCUGAUCCUACAAAUGGGAGUGGAAAUAAAAUACAUUCAAAGUUGUCAUCAAUUAGUAUUCUUAUUCUUGGGACUUAAAUCUUUAAAGCAAUGCAGUCAGAGCUACCACUUCUCCAGAAAGUCGACCACUGAGGGCCACAGCAAAAGCAUGCGGCAGAAAUGAGCAAGGCCCUCUCCUGGGUUUUGCAGUAUCUCGUUGCUGUUCUCCAGGUUAUUCUCUCCCCAGCUCCGUUCUCUUUGCAUUGGCAAUUGUUUGUCACUGUGGACAAAUGAAAUUAAUCAUCUUGCCCAACUCCAUUGCAAACAUGUGCUGAGGAAUUAUGUUUGCAUUGUGUGCUAUAGUCUGGUAGCUUUGUUGUAGUGCUGUUGCUAAAGUAUAGCCUAAUUCAGAAGGCAAGACAGAACUCAUUGCCUGUAUAAGAAAAAAUAUGACCAAUGUGGGUUAUGGUGUUUUUGUUUUGUUCUUUACGCUUAUCUUGAUUCGUGUUUGGCUUAAUGCAUCUCUCAUGUUACCAAAAAUACUGAAAGAAGACUUGAAUUAACUGGGCUACACUGAAAAGUCUCUGCAUAUCAGAAACAGAGAUUUUCCUAAGAUUAUAGUUCUCACACUGGAACACAAGGGCUCCAGCAUCUGGCUGAGAUCUCUGUUCUUUUCCUCUUUAUUUUCCAAUCAAGGCAGCCUUUAUGUCUGGUGAAUUGCCAGGCUGGUAUUCUGUGUAAACCUGGUUGGGAACAUUUGCAUUACCCAACUAGACAGCUAUGUUAUUUGGAGAUAGAAAAGCAGUUUGCUAUGGUAUUGAUCAAGUGUUACUGUACAUUUAUACCCUGGGAUCAGAGAAACUAUUCCUUGGGGCUGAAUUAUGACCGUUUCUGCUGUUCUUGCAUGUGGGAGAGCAGACAGACCUAUCAAACAGGUACUUCCCAUAUUGAUUUCAGCUCAAUCCUAAGCAGGAAACAUCACUAUUCUUGCUUAACUGUUGUCAUUGUACUUUCUGGGCAGUUGGAGUUUCACCAUCUGUCACACUCCACUUUCAGAAAGCAAACUUGGCUCACAUCCACUUGACCUCCUUAGUUUUUGCUCAAUGUGGAAGUCCUAGUUGUAUCCACACCCAGAUCCUCCCACAGGGGAACAGAUAAAGCUGGAUGAAUCAGGUCUGAUAGGCAUUUGCCAGUAUUACAGUUUAUGCUUUCCACAGUGAUGGUAUCCACUGGGCAAUGGAAAACAUUCCCUCCGCCGUUGUGCAUCUCAUCCUCUCCUCUGAAUCAUUUCACCUUCUCUGAGUACAGCUGGUAACUUUACAAGGCAAUAUAGCUCAUGGAAUCUUAGUGCUUCAAGCUGGUUCUCCCGUGAGCAACUGCAGGCCAAGCACUGCUCAUAGCUGAAACUGAGGAAAUGCAUUUGUUUCUGCGUGACUCCUGUUUGGAGGAAAACAGGACAGAUCUUCAGAAUCAAUGAGACAGAAACAAGAAGCCAAGGGCAAUUUUCUAAAGCUUUUCCUAAACAGUGAAAAGAUCACCUUUUCAAACUUAGCAAGCUGACAGAAUCAUGAGGCUCAGUAUAUUUAAUAUUUUUUCUUGUGUGGAAAAAAAUAAAGCUCUAGAAUUUUUAACAUAUCUAGGCCUUCCUAUGAGCUGGACUGUCAUGUAGAUUGUGUGUUUGUGCCAGCCCCUUCCCCACAGCCAACUGUUCCUGUAACAAGAAAAUAACUGCACUGCUUUGUCCAACUCUUUUCUUGCAAUGUCAUGUGUUUUAACUAGCUACUUGUUUCAUGGGGAAAAAUAAACUGUGAAUAUUUUUGGUGGAGGCUAUUUUAAAUCUUUAAAGUAGAGCAAAUUUCUCUAUGAAUGAAUUCUCCUAAGUGCAGGUUCCAGGGAUCAAGUGAUAUGAUGACAGUAGCAAAGAUGGUCCAUACAGUAGCAGCACAUAUUAAGUUCUUGGCUUGAAAAACCUCAUUUGAAUUAGGUUAGAUGGAUUUUUUUUGCAUGUCAUUCCAAAUGGAUUGCUUUACAUCUCCCUUCAUCUUUUCCGUCUCCCUUGAGAGCUUCUCUGUACAGAUUCAAUUUCUCCUUCCUUAAUCAGUGCAUUUCUUGGAAACAAGAAGCUGCCAAAUUAAUAAUCUGCAAUGGAAACUGUCAAAAUGUACAUGGAAUAAUGUUCACAUGCAUGCUUAUAGUACUACUUUAUCCACUACAGAGAACACCUUUCCAAGUACAGUGUCUAAUUGAUUGAGAUAAAGAAAUAACAAGGCAAACUUAGAGAAGCAUUCUUACAGAAACCAGAAUUGACACCAACUCCCUAAAUUCAAGGCCCUCUCUGGAAUGGGAAGAAUUGCUCACUCAUAUAAGGCAGAACAAUUUUAUCAGGACAAACACCAACCAAGCAAAGACUGAACACUAUAGCAUUCUGAGAAAUCCUGAAUUUGAAGGAUUGUCCAAAAGGACACAGACUAAAAGAGUGAUGAAAUCAUCUAUUUGGAUAGAUUGCCAGACUUGGUAUAACAUGGAUCAUAUGCCUGUCACUUGCCAUUUCUCUACUUGACUCCCUAGCUACCGUUUCCACAAGCUGGGUUGCUGUUGUUUGUGCAGUACUUUGCAAGUCCACAAGCAUCUGGUGUUUUCCACCUUGAUUUCAUAUUUCAUUCAGGAAACCUGGUCCUCCACCACUGAGGUCUAGUUACACAGAGGGCUUUGCAGAUUUCCCAGCCUCUGUCAAAAUAGGCCAGAUUCUUUGGUACAGUGAUGUGUAGAUCAUGCAAAUAAGCAGAAUUGCAAAUAUUUGCUUAUUUUACACCUUCGACUGAGAAACAAAGAACUAAUGGCUCAUCCACUGUUUCAAUUCUUUUUUGUAUCUUAAGGACUAUAACUUUUAAAAAGAAAAGAUGGAUGUUGCGGUACUCAGGGUGCCAAAUGCUGUAUUCAGUACAAGAUUAUACUUGCACAGCAAGUUUACAGAAUUGCAUAAUAGACAGAAUGCAAUGAGGCAAUCAUAUUUGGGGCCUUGGUUGAUUGGAACAACUGUUUAUAAUGGAGCUAUUUUGCCCCUUUAAAAAAACAUGUACCAGUCAUUCAGAUUACUUUAUGUGAAAAGAAAUAUUGCAAGCAGGCUAAUUAUUGCAUCUCUGUGAGAAACAGAACUAGCCAGUAUCUGUAUAAAACUGGCUUGAAAGUGAAGUAAAUAAACUGGUUUUCCCAGACUUAGAUUCUUAUUGGCCUCCUGAGAACAUGGAAGUGUUCCCCAAUGUUUUUAACCACCAUCCUUCUUGUAGUAGAUCUGCACUAGAAGCUGCAAUGCAGGGCUACAAGUUGUGUCUUUGUAUACUGAUUUGGAUAGAAAAGCAUGCAUGCCAGUCACUGAACAUAAUUUCAGAUUCCUCUGAAAGGAAUAAAUUGUUCUUUAAUUGCCUCUCAAGGCUUAUGUUUUUUUGGGGGGAAGCAGCUCUUUGAUUUGAAAAUCUGUAGCUGCUUGUCUUGAUCUUGGGCUAUUUGUGGGAGCAUUUGACAGCUCAACACAAUUAAACUACGUUCAGCUUUCCCAUUGCUCCUGUGACUUCAACCUUAAUGCUGCAUAUUUCCUUCCCGUCUCCAGUACUGUGCUGUAGCCUAACAACGUGUUAAUGAAAGCUAGGCAGGCUAUAUAUGUGGAAAAAUAUGGUUCAGCUUUUAUAAUGAAAGAUUGGGAGAUACCCUGCCCAUGUUAAAAGCAGCUGCAGUGGCCUUUGCUUGUGUGGACCGCACUUCUGUUUUUGUUGUUCUGUGAAUGCUAAGCUUGCUGCAGCAUAUUUGCUUUAGGAUAUAUAGUUUGUAGAGGAGGAAUUGAGCUCUGGGCUUUUCUGUUGAAAGUGGAAAUUUGGCAUAGGUGUUUGAACAUUCUGCACACGCUUAUGGUUCUUGUGCCAGUAAAGGCUUUCUCCCAAAAUCUGUAGAUGCUUUCAGGCCUCUAUGAUACAACAAGUUUGUCACUAGCCUGUUUGCGGUGUUGUUCCUGUCUGUGAGAAGCAGAGGGCCAGUGAUGCCGAAUGUUUUUAACAAGGUUUUUGUUUAAAGGUACUUAGGAUAGCUUCAUUCUGAGAACAAGAGAUUUCAGAGUACAUUUGCAAAAAAAGUAAGGAAAUAGUAUUGACUGCCUUUUUGCCCCUUGCUUCUACGUUCCCAAAUGGUUACCAUUGCCAGGAAAGCAGGAUCAAUGUAUAUAUGACACCUAUCUCCCAUGUCCCAAUUCUUGCAAUUGUUUUUUUUUAAAAAAAACAGUAUGUUCUUGCUCGCUUAUGCACACGUAUAGGUAAACAUUCCUUUACAACUUUGAUUGCGCUACAAAAAUGUCCAUGAUAAAACAUCUGCAUAGCUCUUCUUUGUAUUCCUGGUAUGGUAGGUGCCAUGCAGUAAGUGGAGCAAGGAGAGAAGAGGGUUCAUGCAUCCCUGGUACUGCUUGGCCCAAGAGCAAUGUCUGCUGCAGAGAAAGCUAGAAGUUGAUGUCCCCAUUGUCACAUGUGAAGAGUAUACAUGUAUGGUUCCCUAGAGUUUCUCAAGAUCUGUAGUAUGCUGGAGACUAGAGAAGCUCUUCUUGAGAGGCUUAUGUCUGUUCCAACGUUUAUUCACAAGGGCUUGAAAAUUAGUGAAAAUUAGCAGGUUCUCCCCACUCCUUUCAGUAAUAAUAUGUAGUGAACGAAAACAGAAAAGCUAAGCUGGGAAAUGAACAUUAAGUGGUGCUAACGUGAAUUAGUGGAGGAAGACUCUUUUUCCCAAGCAGUUUUGUAUUGCUUCAUCUUUCUCAGGCCUGCUUGUUGCUGAUUCUAGAAAGCACCUCAGUGGGAGUUGUGGCUGAGCAGGGCUGUUGCAAGAGGAGGAUUGAACUCCUAUUCUUCAGUGACUCUCCAGAGUUUAAUCCUUAUAUUUCUGCAUGGAUAAUGAGAGGGAAGUCAAUGGAGCAUAUGCUGGUGUCAGUGACAGUCAAGCUUAAUGUAUGUAUACAAAACUACCCAAUCUCAUCUGUAUAAUCUACAAGAGGAUUAAAGAGCUCACAAGGGAAAUGUUUACAGUGUCUGUAUUAAGAAGAGAAGGCGUAUUGGAUCAUUACCUUCAUUUUGGUCUCCUUAGCCAGUUGACUGUAUGUGAAACUUACUAUAAUGGAAAAGAUUGCCCGACCCAGGUGUUCCCGGAAUAUGUACUGUAAUUCUUUGUAUAUAAAAGAAAACAAUUACUGUAAAGUAAAGUUUAACUUUACUCUG